UCUUCAUGGAUCAAGGAGAUCCAGGUCGUCGCCGUCGUCCUCCACUGGGACUCCUACUGAUUCCCGGUGGCCAGACACGCGCGUCCGUUCAAGGAUCAACGAACGUAGAAGGUAGAUCGGAUCGGUUUUGACGGGAUCGGGAAGGAUAGAGAUCGUAGAUCUCCGGGAGCCAUGACUACGCGUGGAGAAUGGGCUCGAUCGCUUCGGUGCUGCAGUGGCAUUGCUCGGAGUGCUCUCUGAUAAAUCCGACCGAGAGCGCGACCUGCGCCAGGUGCGGGACACCCCGUAUACGCAGCGAUGAAAGACUCGGACUAAGGAUCGACCUGCCAGAGGAAACCUCUUUGGAGUUCCCAAGAGACUCAGCGUCCUCGGGUUCUAGCCCGCCGACACCACCACCUCGACACAGAGUCUGUAAUAUUAAGCAGGACGACAGAAUUCUUGCUAAAAAUAUAACAACGGAUCGGAGCAACAACGAGACUCUCCUCCUUGGGUUUGACGAUAAUAAUUCCGCGUCGAAUGUUCCAAGCAAGAAAUCGCGUCGCGGUUCAUGGUCAGGACAGCGGAAUGACACGAAAGCGUUAAAGAGAUCUUCGUCGUUGCCUUCUGUUGUAUCUCAGUGGACUUGCGUCCGUUGCCUCUUGAUAAAUACUUCAAAUUCUACACGGAUCUGCACAGCCUGUGGCGGGAGUUCUUCGAUAGCACAGAACCAGAAAAUUCACAUUGGUGUACGACGUAGUAAGCGAUCCGAUGUGAGAAAACCUAAUGGUCUCAGAGCAGAAACCGGUGUAGAUCUGGUAACCACCCUGGCAUCGGGGCUGGUUGCCCGAAUUCUAGAUGCAGGUUCAGGAACAGUGCGCAUUCCGGCGGCUGCCGACAAAUCUGGAACGCGAGGUAUGGCUCAGCUGACCAGUAUAAGUCGCAGCGAACGGACCAGGUCCAACCGCGAGGAAUGGACUUUACCGCCUGUCGAGACAACGGAGUCGACAACGACGCCCUACUCAGAAAGCACCGAGAGCAGUAGCCAACAGUCCCCAAAGCAUCAUAGUCCGUCGGUCUACGAGAGGGUGAAGUCUAAAGUCAGUCGUUCAUUGUCAAAUGGUUCAGUAGUACAGAAGCUGACUGAGUUGACCCUCCAGAGACCUACGAGUUUAAUCGUCUCCGAUGCGCACCAGGAUGACACCCUCUGGAGCUGUGAUAAUUGCACCCUCGACAAUGCGCCAGGAUUGGAACAAUGCGAGGCAUGCGAGGCACCGCGAAGUCCUGCUCCCUGUAGCGGCGUCGUUAUCAGCGUUCCUGCUUGGGAACCCAGACCGCUCUCAUCCUCGGGACCGCUCUCUUACAGGAGAUCCUUCUCCGAGGUGGAUUCUGUCACCAACGUGACGCAAAGGAAGGCUGCCAAUCGCAGGAGUCUAAACGACGAAGACCCGCCUGCAGUGCCGCCACAUUCCAUAGGUUUCAGUUCGAAGCCCAAAUAUUCUUAUAUAGGAAUUACAGAUCCUGAUACACCGCCGCCAUUACCAAAGAAACAAAAUACCAAGUCGGCAUUAGGUGCUACCAAAGCGCACAGUGAAGCCACCAGUCCGGUUGGCGAGACGUCUACUGUGAGUCCGCUUAAACGGAUGUGGACUUGCCGAAAGUGUUCGUAUGCCUACAAUCCUUUGUGGUCGACCGGAUGUGAUAUAUGUGGGUCCUCUAGAUCACCACCUUCCUUAACACAACCGAGUUUGAUCACUGUUACCAAGGAUGGUGCUGGUUGUCGCACGCACGUUCAGUCACCUAUUGUCGUGUCCAGGGACAGCGUACGUUAUAUCCCACCUAAAGCAGCAACCCUGGCUACUGCCGAAUCUGACCUAGACGAGCAGAUAGAAUCACCCUCACCAGCCUGGACGUGUAAGAAAUGUACCUUACUUAAUGCUGCUACCAGGACCACCUGCGAAGCCUGUGGAGGCUCCAAAUUACGUAGUGUGUCGCAUCUGGAGGAUCCAACAUUAAGGAAGGGUGAAAGCUGGGUCUGUCCAUCUUGCACAUUAAGAAAUCCAUUGACUUCACAAAAUUGCAAUGCCUGCAAGAAUGUCGCUGGCUUCCUCGAUGUACCUAGAGAUAAUAGGGUAUCUGGACAAAGGAGUCCAAGUCCUAGAUUAGCGUGUCCGUCGGCUGUGAGUUCUAGAGCUGUCACACCAAGGCACAGGAACUCUGUCAGGAGGAAUGGAUCAGGUGCUGGUGACAAGAGACACUCCAAGUCCAAGGAUUCCGUUUUAACUCAAUGGCAGUGUAAACUGUGUACUUAUGAAAACAAAAGCACAAACGGCAGCUGUGAAAUGUGCCAAAGCUCGAAGACGCUGUCACAAGUUCCAGGUGAUAGACUGCGUCUAAGUGAACCUGGUACCAGCACCCUUAGAAUACAGCGACAAGAAAGUGUCGUCAUGGAGAACCUUAGGCAGAUCGAAGAAAGGGAAGCCCUUGAAAAAUGGGAGAGGAUUGUUCGAUACUGCAAAGAGACCAAUGAACCGUUUGUGGAUGAUUCCUUUCCACCAGCACCGAAGUCCCUGUACUAUAAUCCUGCCGAUACAAAGGACAACCACGUCGUCCAAUGGAGGCGACCUCAUCAAAUAAACGUCGAUUCUAGCGUCGAUUCUAAACUCCCUUGGGCAGUCUUCAGGACGCCCUUACCUUCGGACAUUUCUCAGGGUGUUCUUGGAAAUUGUUGGCUACUCUCGGCAUUGGCCGUCCUGGCCGAGAGUGACGAGCUCGUGAGGAGGGUUCUGGUUAUGAGGGAGACCUGUCCAGAAGGUGCCUAUCAAGUGAGACUGUGCAAGGAUGGCAAAUGGAUCACUGUCCUCGUAGAUGACUUGCUACCCUGCGACAAAAGGGGUCAUCUCGUUUAUUCUCAGGCUAAGAGAAAACAACUCUGGGUACCGCUUAUCGAGAAAGCCGUUGCUAAAAUUCAUGGAUGCUACGAGGCUUUGGUUUCCGGUCGUGCUAUAGAAGGUUUAGCUACCCUGACAGGUGCGCCUUGUGAAAGUGUACCCUUGCAACCUUCAGCCCUACCCAGUGAGGAUGAAUUGGACAAGGACCUCAUCUGGGCGCAGCUACUCUCAUCCAGACAAGCCAUGUUUCUUAUGGGUGCCAGUUGCGGCGGGGGUAAUAUGAAGGUGGACGAAGAGGAGUACCAAAGAAAGGGCUUACGACCAAGACACGCGUACUCUGUUCUCGAUGUACGCGACGUACAGGGAAUACGAUUGCUGCGACUGCGAAAUCCUUGGGGCCACUACAGUUGGAAGGGGGACUGGUCGGAUGACAGUCCAAUAUGGACUCCGCAGUUACGCGAGAUGCUAAUGCCCCAUGGUGCUUCCGAUGGCGUCUUCUGGAUAUCCUUUGACGACGUCCUCAAGUACUUUGACUGCAUCGACAUCUGCAAGACACGAGUGGGCUGGAGCGAGGUCAGACUACGCGGGACACUGCCACCAUUAUCAUCCUUGCGGCACUUAUCAUGCGUCCUGUUAACCGUCCUGGAACCAACCGAGACUGAAUUCACAUUAUUCCAGGAAGGUCAAAGAAACUCAGAGAAGUCUCAACGUUCACAGCUAGAUCUCUGUGUAGUUGUAUUUCGCACCAGGUCACCAGCUGCUCCAGAAGUCGGUCGUCUGGUAGAACACAGCAAGCGACAAGUUCGCGGUUUCGUCGGCUGCCACAAAAUGCUGGAACGCGAUCUAUAUAUCGUAGUUUGUCUCGCUUUUAAUCACUGGCACACAGGAAUGGAGGACACCUCCAGUUAUCCAGAGUACGUCCUGGCCAUCCACAGCUCGAAGAGGUUGCUCGUCGAGCAGAUCUCACCACCAGCAUUCGUCCUAGCUGACGCGAUUAUUAGCCUCACCUUGGCCAAAGGACAGCGACACGAAGGUAGGGAAGGUAUGACAGCAUAUUACUUGACCAAAGGAUGGGCCGGGCUAGUCGUCAUGGUCGAAAAUCGUCACGUGAACAAAUGGAUCCACGUUAAAUGUGACUGUCACGAGAGUUACAACGUGGUCUCCACCAGAGGACAGCUCAGGACUGCCGACAGUGUUCCACCACUUCAUAGACAAGUGAUCAUAGUGUUAACACAACUAGAAGGCAGCGGUGGCUUCUCUAUAGCUCAUCGUCUGACGCACAGACUUGCAAACAGUGGAAAUUUACACGACUGGGGUCCACCCGAUACUCAGCAUUGUCCGCAAAUUGAUACCCAGGUCGAAGGUCUACAUAGUCCCCGUUUAAUAACGUGAAAAGUGUCUAAUGACGAAGACAUAACUCGGGAAUACUUCACAAGAGUCAUUUGCUGAAUGGAUAUAAUACAAAGUCCAUAAAAAUAAAAGCAAAAACGUCAUCGUUGUUGUUCAUCGUGAACAAAGAAGAUUCUUGUCUGUCACGAAGCUCCAUCUCGAAGAGUUCGUUGAUGAUGACUGAUGAAAAACGAUACAAUAAGAUCUAAAGCAUUGAAUUCAACGUGAAAAGCCAUUUGAAUGGAACACGUGAACAUAGAUUAUAAUCGUCCUAAAAUCGUCGUCAAUAUUCUAUAAUAUUCAUUGAACUUCCUGGAAAUAACAUUAAACGGGACCCCGAUGCGGACUAUGAUCUAAUUUUAAUUUGGUGCAGCAAUUAAAAUGCUCACCACUUAAUGCGAUACAAUAAUUAACAUUUUGUUACCUAAAUAUAAACAUGUGCGUAAUAUUUGAAGGCAACAGUUGCAGUGAUAUUAUAUUUUGAUCUCGUAACAAGAAAAGAAAAACAGACAACGGAGCGUCGCCAUGUCUAAUCAGCGUUAUGACAAAAAAAUCUUUUCAACUGAUAAGACUUGCACAUCGACAAUACGUGCAUAAUGAAUUAUUAUUAAAGCAAAUCGUCACUUUAAUUCAACAUGGCGAUUCUAAACUUUAAUCCAAGAGUGAAUACGAAGAAACAGGAAAAGAAAUGACGGAAAUUUCUGCGCGCUGUAAUACGAAAGAAAGGCUAAUUAUUUUCUCAACGUAAUAAAUAAGUGUCCAGCGAAUAAAUGACAGAAGUUAACGAGCAUCGCUGAUAUAAAUAUAUAUAAAUAUAAAUAUACACUAAUUGUAAAUGCAACAACAAAACUAGGGAUCAUUAGAAGAGUGUGAUAAUCGUGUACGCGUUGUUCUUUGGAAUUGCUUAGUGAACCUAGGAUCGAACACGUGUCGAACUGUAUUUUCUGAAUUUUAUUAUUUUAAUGAACAAAGGACGAUCGUACUUAGAUUCUUUUUUCGUUACCUGAUCGAUACAUUUGUUCUUUUACUGUCUCUCACUUUUCUUAUCUAAUUCUUGUCAAUUUUCAUACAAGCUAAAUUAAUCACGUGUAUUCACUGGAAAAUAUUAAUUGAAUCCAGCGCCAACAUUCAUUUCCAUUCAUUCCUGUACGACAAACUCAACGUACAGCGUUCCAGCGUAUAUAAAAAUAUCGAAUGGCAUUUAUCACAUAGAUUUAAUUCGAUUGCUGUACCUUUGCAUUUUUAAUUGUAAUAAGUCGUUCCCGAAGGAACCUCAAAGAUUUUAUUCGCGUCUUUUUUUAAAAAACCGGCGUCUAAUUUAUUAUCGUUACAUUAACUAAAAAUCAUUGUUUUCAUUAGUCUAUGUAUAAUUUCAUAUCUUUUUUCUUUUAAUUGUUUUUUUUUAAUAACUGUUAAUUUACCACCCUCACAACACAAUUCCUAUGAAUAUACCGCAUGUACUCCUACGACAGGCUCGCGUAGCAAUUAUAAUGCCAGCUAUCGAUAUUCUCCGCGAAAUAAGGAAAAGUGAAUGUCACGGAUUAAAUGUCAUACUGCCAUAUUACAGUGCGUGCGUGAGUGCGUGCGUUUUAAAUUCCCUAUCGCAUCGAUCAAUCUCAAUGGCACACAGAAGAAUUACACGAGGAUAGAUCUGAUCGUGGUCGUCGGAGUUUCGUCGAGAUCGACCUAUAAGAAAAAAACAAUUUUUUGUCUCUGCGCCCUAUGUAAAUUAAAUACGCGGUGACGUGACAAUAUUUAAAAAAAACAGGAGAAAGAAAAUGCUACGAGUAGCCGACCGGAUUUUUUGCGCCAUUAAAAAAAAAAGGAAAAAAACAAUUUUAUGAGAUAACUUGAAAGCUCUGUCCCCGUACAUCCAAAUCAUUCUAGUCAUCGGUGUAACUUAUUUUUAUCAUUUACGACAAAACCAAAGAUAAUACCACGAAUAGAUGAAUGAAUGAACGGUUGUAUCUAUGGGUAUAGCAAAUGUGUGUAAGAGUACGGGGAUGGUGAUUACUCAGAGUAUUAUUAUUAUUAUUGCUGUUAUCAAAUAGAAAAAAAUUUCUCAAAUAUGCAUUAUCAUUUUUGCGAAAGAAAACCGUAAUCGUCUGCGUCUGGCCUAAACCGAGAUAUAACGGUAGUUUUUAGACGUACCUUUAAUCGUUCACCCUAAACGUGGCAUCUGGGCGUCUACGUUUGUCUAAGAUCGCGAAAGCUGAAAUACGUAUAAGGAAUAAAGAAGUAAACUGAAAUAAAGAUAAUUGUCAUUUUGUGCGGAACAAUUCGUUGUACUGCAGGUUUUUACCGGGGAAACAAUGGUGGCCGUUGCUUGCGGUAAUUUCUGAAUUGAGUGGCCUUCGUUUUUUCAAAGAGAGAGAGAGAGAGAGAGAUAAAAAGGAAUAAUGAGAGAAUGAGAGUAUGAAAGAUUAAGCUUAUAAAAGAAAAAACAGACCUGAUUAUCAAUGAAAAUUUUAUUUGAUUGACGGAUGACAGAAUUUUGAAAAGGGAGUCAACGAGACUCGAAACACGUAAUACGAUACACGCAUAAUGAUUAUUAAUGUAAUUGAAGUAAAUGACGAAGGAUUACUGUCCGAGCUUUUAUGGACUUUGUUGAA